CUCUGUCAUUGUACAAGCAAGGGAAAACCCAGAGACAGACAAAUUCCCUCUUGAUACUCAAUUUCCUUGUUUCUUAAACACCCCCUUGUAAUAUUUUUUCUUAAAUUCCUGUAAAGCUCCGAAUUUUAUCUCAGGGAGCUCACAUCUUCAUUUAACUUAUCCUUGUUUCUGUAUCAAAAUUUAAUCUUUCUCUCGUGAGAUCAUGGAGAAAGUAGAGAAGGCACCGAAUGAUAUUGAGAGUGAAGAAACUGAAGCUAUAGAGCUCAUUCUCUUUCAAGUCUCUGAAUGUUAUGUUUAUAUGAUACCUCCUAGGAAAAGUGCUGCUUCUUACAGGGCUGAUGAAUGGGAUGUUAACAAAUGGGCCUGGGAAGGGACUUUGAAAGUCAUUAGUAAGGGCGAAGAGUGCAUUAUCAGACUUGAAGAUAAAACCACAGGUGAAUUAUAUGCCCGGGCAUUUUUGAGAAAUGGGGAUCUACAUCCAGUGGAACCUGUACUUGAUAGCAGCAGAUAUUUUGUUCUUCGAAUAGAGGAAAAUAUUGGUGGUCGCCUUAGGCAUGCAUUUAUUGGCAUAGGAUUUAGAGAAAGAGCAGAAGCUUAUGACUUCCAGGCAGCACUGCACGAUCACAUGAAAUAUCUGGACAAGAAGAAAACUGCGGAAGAGAUGGAGCAGCAUUUUCAAACAACUUCCUCGGUGGAUUACAGUUUAAAAGAAGGGGAAACUAUUGUACUCCAAAUAAAAAAUAAACCUAGAGGUAGUGUGAAGUCCAAGAUUUUUGAGCAGGGUCUGAACAAUCUGUCAUUGGAGGAGAACAGUGAUCGAAAAGAACCCUUGCUUAGUAUCAGACCUCCUCCACCUCCCCCUGCACCGCUUUCACCUGCUACAAGUGUACAGAAUUCUCCAUCAAACUUACCACCAAAAAUUACUCUUGAAGGAACUUCUACUGAAAAGUCCCCAUACUUGACAAAGGAUGAAGCAGAACAACAACAUUUUCCUGACAAUGAAAGCUCACAAGAUAUACAAGAUGAUGAUUUUGGAGAUUUUCAGGCAGCUGGUUGAUGUGGACUCCAAAUUGACGUGUUUAUAAUAAAAUUCCUCGAUUUUAUUCUUGUUUUUGUGGGAUUGGUGUUUUCAAGGAUUUAGAUAGAGAUCCAACUGAGUUUUUGGUUAUCAUGGUUUGUGAAAUAUGCUGUAAAUAUUACGGGAAGUGGAGUUACCUUACCGACCUCAUAAUGCUGCUAAGAUUGAUUUACCUUUCUCUCUGAAA